UAAAUUUGUUAUUAAAAUGAAUCCAAACACUCCCUUCAAUGAACGUUUUCAAAAAAUCUCUGAGAAAUUGAAUUCAAUCCCAUUACAUCAUGAUCAAUCUAAAGCUCAUAGAAUUGAUACCAUAUGUGGUAGAAUAACAGCAGUUGAAGAAAGAACCUAAGACACAAUUACAUAGUAUAACAGAAAGCUUGUAAGAAUAUGAAAUAUUUGUAGCACUCAUUAAAAGAUGAGAUAGUUCGUUUAUAAAAACAAAUAGAAGAAGAGAACAAUGCAUUUGAAACUCAAUUUGAAUAAAGAGUAAGAGAGAUUGCUGCUUUUGAGAGUCGUAUCACAACUAAAUUAGAAUAAGAAAUAGCUUUGAGAAGAGAUGGUAAUCUAAAAUUGUAAGGAUACUUAGAUGAGAAGGUUAGAAAUAAAUAAUUAAUUUAUAGGUUGUAUACUUGAAAUCGGAUAUCUAGACUGAAAGCAAAAUUAGAUAAGAAUAAAUAGAGAACAUUACAACAUCCUUAGAGAAUGAUUUACCAAAAUUAUAUGAAAUGGUAAAAAGUGAAGGACAAGAUAGAGAAGACAACGACAAUGGAACUUUAAGAAGAGCAGGAGAUGAAAUCCGUCGUUUAAAUGAAGGUUUGGGAAAUCAAAAGAAAUUGAGGUAUUUCUAUUGAAGAAAUACAUAAUUUUAGAGAAGAAUCAGAAACAGCUAUCUUUGAAAUGCUCAAAGAUUUAGUAUCAAGAGUAAAGAGUGAAAUUGAAGAAGAAAAGAAACUUAGAGAAGAAUCUUAAGAAUCUCUCUUGGGUCUAUUAGAAGAUGCAGCAAAUAAAAUUUACAGAGCAGCCAAAGAUUGAUACAUUCA